AUGCAUUCAACGGCUGCGCACUUAUUGCUUAUUCUCAGCAUGGGUAUAUGUCUGCUACGGGGAACCCUGGCCCAGACUACUGUGUUCAUCAAGGACGAUGGGGGCAGUUUCAACUGUCCUGGAGUCCUCCGUAAUAACAACGGCAAUGACGGCAAAGCGUAUUGUUGCGUCGGCGGCAAACUCGAUCUCAGUACCUGCGAAGGCUGGCCAAUCUGCACAGGCAGCUCCUGGAGCGCUAAACCUGUGAGCUGUGCCGCAACAGUCCCUGUCACGGCUACAGAUUACGGUGCACAGAUCAAGAGCGCAAGAUCCAAGUACCUCCAGGAUGAUGAGCCUACGGUUACGAGUGACUCUGUCUCUUCGGCAACUUCGGGUGGAAGUCAGGCUGCUGCAGUUUCAGCGGCCAGAACGGCGGCUGAAUCCACGGCAUCAGAUAGCGGCUCCAAUGUCAUCCCGCCAGGUUUGGCAGGUGGGAUAGUGGGUGGUUUGAUGGCUUUGUGGAUUGGUUUGUGA